GUGCAGGUGAAUGUCGUUUGCGGCACGUCCAACGUUCAGUACAGCGCGCGUAUCCGUGUCCGGUCUCAAGAUGCACAUGAACGAUCCGUCGGCCACGUUCGCGGGCAUGCUGCCCUUCGACACCAUGGGCCUGUACGAGCAGCAGAAGCCGCGGUUCAUCUUCAAGAUGCCGAGGGUGGUGCCCGACCAGAAGGCCAAGUUCGAGUCCGACGAGCUGUUCAGGAGGCUCAGCAGGGAGAGCGAAGUUAGAUACACAGGAUUCAGAGACAGACCGCAGGAAGAGCGUGUGGUGCGCUUCCAGAACAGCUGCCGCGAAGGUCACAUAGAAAUAGCCUUCGCAGCCACCGGCACCAACCUCCAGCUCAGCUUCCCGCCACCGUCCACCGUCUACAGUCCCGACAAGGAAUGCGACUUCGACAAAGAACCCGGAAAGGUCCACAUAAAAUCGUUCUUCAUAAUGAACGGCGUCUGCGUGAGAUGGCGGGGCUGGAUCGAUCUGGAACGAUUGGACGGCGUCGGUUGCAUCGAGUUCAACGAGGAGAAGGCGGCGCAGGAGGACGCGCUCCUGCGUGAACAGAUCGAAAGAUACAACCAGAGACUGAGGGACUUCGAGGACAAGCAGCGGGGCUAUAGACAGGACAGGCCCGAGGAGCUGGAGGUACGUUCCUCGAUGCAUGGCCAAAUACCGUCUAGGUCCUUCAUGAAGCUCUAUUGAGGUUUUAGUUUUUUUUGUUUCGACGAACCGGACUCGUCUUUUCCAAUGCCAAGAGCAAUAAUUCGAAUUGAAUAUGUUCAUUGAUCAUUGUGUGGUGAUUUUAGUUUUUACGUUGAAUCCUUCUCAUUUACUUCGUUGUAUAUAAUUUACUUAAGUUUUUUUUCGCGUUUGACUUUUAUUGUGUAUAUAAGUUAAGACUUUGUUGAAUAUGUUUUAUAUAGAUGCAAUAUGUAAAUAAUUAAUAAAUUUUAAGUGAUUAUGA